UCUCCCCUUCCCAACCGGGCCGCCUUCUCUUUCCAUGCCCACCGUUUGUCCCCAGCUUUUUUGAGCCUCCGCCCGGACAGAGGUAGCCGCGUUGGCGAGAGGAGGCGAGGGACCCGAGGUUCCCACCAGUGACCGAGCUGCUCUUGGAAACAAACUUGUAAAAUUUCAGACCCCAUCCCCCAUUUCCAGGUUUUACGCCGCAGACCACCUACCGUCUCAACCACCUUGAUUUCUCAUAACUGUACAUCUCAGCUCCCGCAGACUUAAUUAGAUAUAUCUCACCGUAAUGUCUCCCCCAGCCUCCAGGCUCACACCUCGAACUGGACGUCCGUUUCAACCUCAAUGUCAGUUGUGUACAGAAUGGAAAAAGGAGAUUUUGAAACAUCACACCAACAGAAAUGGAGACAUCUACUGGGGAAACUGUAAGCCCGAACGCUGGCCUUGUGAUCCCUGGGAACUGGCAAAGGCUUUUAUGCCCAGGGGAUUGGCAGACAAAAAAGGACCUGAAGAAUGUGAUGCAGUUGCUCUUCUAAGUCUUAUCAACUCCUGUGAUCACUUCAGAAUUGACCGAAAGAAAGUUAUAGAGGUGAUUAAGUGUCGUAAUGAAAUCAUGCACUCUUCAGAAAUGAAAGUCUCUUCUGCAUGGCUAGAAGAUUUUCAGAAGAAGAUUCAAAGUUUUUUGAAUGAAUUCCGAAAUAUCCCAGAGAUUGCAGCCACAAGUGCCAGAGUAGAACAGCUACUGACAUCUGAUUGGGCUGUCCAUAUUCCUGGGGAGGAUCAGUUGGAUGGAGCUGAAAGUAAAACCAGAAUUUAUCUCAAUGAAAGUGAAAUUAAUGAAAUAGAAAUGGAAUUAUUAAGGGAAAAACUUGAAGAGAGUUAUUUUCAAGCAGAGGAGCAAGCAGUAUCAGCUGAAGAGGUCAUAAGAAAUGCAGAGGCAAUGAAGGUCUUCCUAAGAAACAACAAGGAUCUUAGAAUUCGUUUUGAAGAAGAAAUACAAAAGUUGGAGGAUUUUAAUCCACAGAAUCAAAAAAGCUGUACAAUGGAAUCGGAGAAGUAAAUGCUUUGAACUGCUGGAGGUGAAGGGACUACUUUAGUGAGAAUAAAAUACAUUACCAAAAGGUCAUCUUGAUUCCAGUCUCUUUAUUGAGGCAGCAAGGUGGAGCCUGGAGAUGGAUCAACUUGUAUUCACAUCUGAUCUCAGGCACUUACUCGCUGUGUGAUUGGACAAGUCACUUAAUCUUGUUUGCUUCAGCUUCCUCGACUGUGAAAUGGAAAUAACAACAGUAUCUGCCUUUCAGGAUUGUUGUGAAACUCAAAUGAGAUAUUUGUAUCAUGCUUAACAUAUAGUAGGUGCUGCAUAAAUGCUUAGUCCUUCUCCUUCUUCAUUAUUGGAAACUUUUAUUCAAGGAGGAAGAAUAUCCAUAGCAGCAAAUCGAAGUAUUCCUUAUUGUAACAAGAAGGAUUUUUCUUCAAGUCUUUUUCUUUAUAAUUAAAAGUUUGAGUGUUCCAUCUUCUCCACAAAUCAGUUUUUAGAAGUUCUUAUACUCUUAAUUUUCUCCUACCUAAUAGUUAUUUUCUUAUGAAAAGUAAAAAGGCUUUUCUUUGGUCUUAAAGAAAUCUAUAGAAACGUCUUUGCAAAGCUAGUUUUUAUAUAUGUUAAGUUAAUGGAUUUGUCUACUUCCACAGCAUUGCUCUUUCUUACUGCCUUAUCCUCACAUUCCUAAACUAAGAAUUAAUCAUGGAUUAGAUACAAAAAACCAGGUUUUAAUCUGUGAUUAAAAUUCAGAUAUGUCAAGUGGAUACUGCUCCCAAAAUCAAGCUAAAUUGCUUAGUAGGGCAGUAGUAAGGCCUACUAGUGAGAAUAAGAAUAGCUAGGGAGUUAAAAGGGGGAAAGUAACUACACAAGAAAAAGUAAAGUAAAGUGCCAAACUAGGUAAAGUGUGCUCAGGAGAUCUAUACAAGUGGCAAUACCAUUUUGAGGAUGCUAAGAGAUAAAUUCUCAAAAUGUCUAUAAAAGGGAAAGAGGAUCUAACACUUAGGGAAAUAGGCCUUAUUAUAACUCAAAAAAGACAAUCAAGAAAUUAGCAUUAACUUCUAAUACAUAUGCCUCUUUUUGAAUCUCAAUAAAAUUUUUAGAAGAAUAGCCUAUAUAUACAUUGAAGGAAUCCUUGCUGGAGGCUUGAGAAAUGAACAAGCAAACAUUAGCACAAAAUAUUCUAUAACAAACCAAUAUUUUUUUUUUAUUAAAGGUUUUUAUUUUUCAAAA